AUGAGGUAUUGUGAUGAAGGUGUAUGGUAUAACCAUGUGGUUUGCCUCCAUAGAGCUCACUAUGGUUUGCAAUUUGGAGAUGAUAGUGCAUCCUCAUUUGUGUCAUUGCAUGGAUUUCCUGAGACAGUAUACCCCAAGGGCAACUACCCCCUAGGAUGCUGGCCAUGGCAGGCAAGCUCAAAGUGUUUGCUCUUCUGCUCCUAUCAAUCGCCACCUUCUCAUGGCUCUUCCGCUCAAACCCGCUAUGUUGUCGGCGGCAACACCGGUUGGACUGUCCCUCCCGGCGGCGCGUCCACCUACAGCAACUGGGCUUCUAACCAGAAAUUCAAACAAGGCGACACUCUUGUGUUCAGCUUUACAACCGGGCAACAUGACGUAGCGAAGGUGACCAAGGCAGCUUUUGAUUCCUGCAACACUACGAACCCCAUUUCAAUUCUAAAUAAUGGACCUGCAAGUGUCAAAUUGAACGAAAGUGGUGAACAGUAUUACAUUUGUACUGUUGGGCCUCACUGUUCUCUUGGCCAGAAACUCGCCGUUAAUGUUUCCAAACAAGCUUCUUCUCCUUCUGCUUCCCCUGCUCCUCAGCCCUCUGCUUCACCGGCGAAGUCUCCUGCGCCAGUGAAAGCUCCUUCACCAGCCCCAGCUUCAGCUCCGUCUCCUCAAUCUGGAGCUGUAACUUACACCGUCGGAGACAAAACCGGAUGGACCGUACCUUCCAGCCAGGCGUUUUAUAAAACCUGGACUUCCAGCAAGACCUUCAAAGUCGGCGACAUACUGGUGUUCAACUUCCAGAAGAACGCACACAAUGUGGCAGAGGUGACGAAGGCGAACUACGGCUCCUGCGGCACAGCAUCUCCUCUUAGGCUUUACAAUAACCCACCGGUGAGAAUGACCCUGAACAAGUCCGGCGAGCAUUAUUUCAUCUGUGCGGUCCCCGGUCACUGCGCCGGCGGGCAAAAGCUGGCUAUCAACGUCACCGGCGCCUCCUCCCCAGCGACCUCUCCAUCUCCAAGUUCGCCGCCAUCUCCCACCGCUCCUGCCCCCGGAUCUCCCGCUUCUUCGCCCUCCGGUGGCGCAACAAACCCUUCAUCCCCAUCUCCCUCCGGUUCUUCCAGCCCAUCCUCGCCAAACUCCGGUGCGACGUCGUACAGAGUUGCCGGAUUACUCGCCACCCUUUUGUGGAUGGCUGCGGCAUUACUGUGUUAGAUAGAUGAUUAGAGAUUGUUGGUAGUGUAGAGUUUGAUGUGAUUCGCUGUGGAUCUUUGAUUGUUUUUGCGGAGA